AUGGUGCGGCUCGAGGAGCUGGACGGCGACGCGCCGCCGGACCUCGAGGAGAUCCCCGGCGCGGAGAUCAGCGUGGAGAUCAAAUCCCACCCCGGACUGUGGCUCGCGUCGGAGGCGGCGCUCGACGAACCGAAGGUUGGGCUCCUGGACAAGGGCGUCACGCAUCUCCUCUCGUUCGGCGCUCUGCGUCGCGCGUCGCCGACGCGCCGUCAUCAAGUCUACGAGCGCGCGGAGAACGGCGCGCUCGUGACGCACCUGCGCGCGGCGUGCGAUUUCGUGAGAGAAGCGAUCGAGGGCGGCGGCGGCGCGCGGGGGAACGUCGCGGUCGUGAGCGAGGAGGAGGGCGAGGACGCGGCCGCGUUUCUGAUCGCCGCGUUCCUCGUCGUGGAGAAGCGCGUCGAGACCGUGGACGACGCCGUCGCCGCGGUGACGUCGUCGCGGCCGAGCAGCGAGCUCGCGACGCACAAGGAGUUCGCGAAGAACUUGAAGUUCUUAGCGCGCAACGGGAUCCCCGACUGGGCGUAG